AUGGAGGGCACCACCCCUCAACACUUCGACGCUUUCGCUUCCUCCAUCCGCGAUUACCAGCACCUCCUCUCGAGCUCCAGUGAUCCCCUCUCCGAGCUGGACGUCAAGCGCUUUCUCAAGGAAGGCCUGAGUUCUCACAUGCUUGUCCUCGACGUCGAAAAUGCCUUGGAGCAGAAAGUGUUGACCUUGUACACCAUCUCUGUCGCCGACCUCAUUGCCCUUAUGUCCAAGAGGGUUACUGUGUGUGCUGCCCAGCUCGCGGCUUUCCAGUCCCACCAGGCUGCGUCUCGACCGUUCCCCCGACCUGCGCCAGCCCAAGCCUCUCGCCCAAACCAAGCUCGACCGGCCCAGACUCCCAUCAAAGCGAUCUCUGCUGCCCCUGCCCCCGUUGCCCCUGCAGUCCCCCCCACAGCGGCUGAAGCGCAGGCUUGGCUCGACAACACCCUUCGUCUCCCGCCUGGUUUGGAGGGAGCGAGAGCCCGUGAAUACCUUCGGCAGCGAGGCCUCUGUUUCCGCUGCCGCCAGCAAGGCCACAUAUCUCUCGGCUGCCCAACUUUCCAAGCCCCAGUCGCGUCGCUGGCCUCUAUGCCUCCCCAGACCCCAGCCCAGCCGUCUCCUCUUGCUCCCCCUGGCCCCACCCAAGAGUCAGUCCCUCUCCUCUACGUCCAAGCCCGCCUCAGUGCUGAUGGUCCUUCAUACCAGACGCUAGUAGACUAA